AUGAUCACGGUGAUGGCUGGAUGCAUCAGUGUGGUGCAUGGAAGUGCGUUGGUAGUUGCUCUUAGUGACAACCUGUCUGCUUCUGCUCUGUGCAGGUACGUGUGUAUUGUGCUGACAGCAGAUGAUCACGGCGAAGGUGGAACGUUUGCGCUGUAUAGUUUGAUCACCCGCUACGCCGGCAUAUCCACCCCCGGCAUUUGUCUGAUUAUAAACCACACCGUGCAAAAUAGAAUAUGUUCGUGCUUCUUGUCCGCAGGAAUAAAGCAAAGCCACAACCCCUUCAGCAACACACGUAUCGCCGCACUCUUGCGGAGUUCCAAGGGCGCCCGGGUACUUCUGCUAGCCGUUGUGCUUCUUGCCACGUCCAUGAUCAUCGGAGAUGGAGUGCUCACUCCGGCCAUCUCUGUGAUCUCCGCUGUCGUUGGCAUCCAAGUUGCAGCGCCCAGCAUUACAACUGGUGCAAUCGUGGGCAUCAGCUGUGCGAUCCUCAUCUUGCUGUUUGUGUUCCAGCGAGUGGGCACCAGCAAAGUCGGGUUCACAUUUGCGCCGAUCGUGCUCAUCUGGUUUGUGGCCAACGUCAUGAUCAACCUCUACAACAUCAUCAUCUACUACCCCGCCAUCUUCAAGGCGCUAUCACCGCACUACCUGUUUCUCUUCUUCAUCCGCAAAGGUUUCAGCGGCUGGACUGCCCUGGGCGGAACUCUGCUGUGCAUCACCGGCACAGAAGCCAUGUACGCCGAUCUGGGCCACUUCUCAAAAGCAUCCAUCCGGUUGAGCUUCCUGUUUGUGGCCUACCCCUCGCUCAUCAUCACAUACCUGGGCCAGGCGGCUUUCCUGAUGGUCAACCCAGAUUCCUACUCGACCACAUUCUACGCCAGCAUUCCCUCCCCAGUCUACUGGCCCAUGUUUGUCGUCGCAGUUCUCGCCGCCAUCGUCGCCAGCCAGGCCAUGAUCUCGGGAGCCUUCUCGAUCAUCAAGCAGUCGAUCAAUCUGGGCUGCUUUCCUCGGCUCAACAUCAUCCACACCUCAUCAGUCAUCGUGGGCCAGAUCUACAUCCCCUGGAUCAACUGGAUUCUCAUGGUGCUCACCGUUGCGGUGGUGGCCGGGUUCCAGAAUGGGACCGCGAUCGGUAACGGCUACGGUGUUGCCGUAACGUUUGUCAUGCUGAUCACCACCAACCUGAUGUUCCUGGCUUCCAUGGUCGUUUACAACGUCAACCCUCUCAUCUCCCUUCCAAUCUAUGCGCUGUUCCUGCUCAUCGACGGCGCCUACCUGUCUGCCAACCUCUUCAAGUUUCUCAACGGCGGCUGGUUCCCCAUCGCGCUGUCAGUAGUGGUUUUCGCCAUCAGCGCCAUCUGGUUCUACGGCCGCCAGCGCAAGAGCGUCUACGUCAAGGCCAACUCGCAGUACCUGGAGCAAGUCCUGGCCCUGGGCGAGGUGGUGACUCGCGUCCCCGGAACGGGCGUUGUCUUCUCGGACACCGUCUCAGAGGCGCCCCCUGUCUUCAUCCACAUGAUGACUAACCUUCCGGCAGUCUACGAAACCAUCAUCCUGCUCACCGUACGGAGUGUGCCGGUGUCUUCGGUGCUCCCAGAGGAGCGCUUCCUGCUGCGGCCGCUUACUAACGCUCCCGGCUUCUACCGCGCUGUUGCCCGUUACGGGUACUCUGAUGUCGUCGACAUGGGUCCAGCCUUUGCUGCUGCCCUGAAGCAGGAGCUGGCCGUUGCCAUCAAGCCCCUUGGCGCCUCCCUCCCGGUAUAA